AUGAGGGAUUACAAUACUAUCAUCGAAUCUGGGGAGGUAGCUUCCAAAAACCAUCCGACGGCACAACGGCCGACAGGUUACCCCGGUAUGGCACAAGCGAAGCCGUUGGUUAUAGUUGUAAAUGUACAAGAAAAGUUAGGUUUACUGAUAUGUAUAAACAAUGUUGAUUAUAUAGUUGUAAUGGUUGAAGUGAAAAAUCUCAUGCUAAAUGAUAGUCCCUCCAGAAGUAAUAGUGGUAGAAGUGGUAGUAGUAGAACAAGAAAGUAA